GCUGAUGUUGAUAAUGUGUGGAAACAACUAAUAACCGCGCUUAAAUAACAACAACAAGAAGGAGGUCCUAUCGUCAGGUCACUACAUUUCCCAUGGUCCCCUCUGCUCUGGCAUUUCCGGCGGAUUCUAGCUUCACCUUCAGACUGAACCGCUGCUCAACUGACGACACACGCGCACCUGCAGCUCAACAUGAACCCCGAGUAUGACUAUUUAUUCAAACUGCUUCUGAUCGGUGACUCUGGUGUCGGAAAAUCCUGCCUCCUCCUCCGCUUUGCAGAUGACACGUACACAGAGAGUUACAUCAGUACCAUCGGUGUGGACUUCAAGAUCAGGACCAUCGAGUUGGACGGAAAGACCAUAAAGCUUCAGAUUUGGGACACAGCUGGACAGGAGAGGUUCCGCACCAUUACGUCCAGUUACUACAGAGGAGCUCACGGCAUCAUCGUAGUUUACGACGUGACGGAUCAGGAGUCCUUCAACAAUGUCAAACAGUGGCUGCAGGAGAUCGACCGCUACGCCAGCGAGAACGUCAACAAGCUGCUCGUCGGCAACAAGUGUGACCUCACCUCCAAGAAGGUUGUGGACUACACCACGGCCAAGGAGUUCUCAGACAGUUUAGGAAUUCCCUUCCUGGAAACGAGUGCUAAGAGCGCCACCAACGUGGAGCAGGCCUUCAUGACCAUGGCUGCAGAGAUAAAGAAGAGGAUGGGCCCCGGGGCCACGGCCGGCGCCGGCGACAAAUCCAACGUCAAGAUCCAGAGCAAGCCUGUCAACACUUCAUCUGGAGGCUGCUGCUGAGGCCCCGCCCACAAACAACACAACAAAAACAACGUGACCUAAACCCAGCCCAAAACCAGUCUCCAUGUUAGCACGCUCCACGGGGGG